CUCAUUUUCCAUUCGCUUACUUUCCUUUUUUCGCGUAUCUCUUUGUUGAAGGGACAAAAACCCUGCCUCACACCGAAAAGCUAGAAAACAGAGAAGAUGGAGAAUCUAUGGCGAGUGGCGACGGGUCAGGAUCCAAACCCGGAAGACUACACAGGCAUCGAGUUCUGGUCCAACCCGGAGCGCGCCGGGUGGCUCACAAAACAAGGAGACUACAUCAAAACAUGGCGGCGCCGCUGGUUUGUUCUCAAACAAGGCAAGCUCUUCUGGUUCAAGGACCCCGCCGCCGCUGCCGCACCCUCCUCCGUCCCACGCGGCGUCAUCUCCGCCGCUACAUCCCUCACUGUAAAGGGCGCCGAGGACGUCCUCCACAAGCCGUUUUCAUUCGAGCUCUCCACCCCGCACUCCACCAUGUUCUUCGUCGCCGACUGUGAUAAGGAUAAGGAGGAUUGGAUCAACUCAAUUGGCCGCGCCAUCGUACUUCACUCUCGGUCACAUGCACACUCCGAGGUUCUAGAUUAUGAAAAUAAGGCUACCAAUUCCUGAUCCUUCAGUUUUUCUCUCUAACAUGUAUAGUCCUUAAUCUUGCUCUUGUUGUAAAAUUACUCGUCUGGAUUUUGAUGUUAAUUACUUUUUGUCAAUAAAGAUGUUUGCUUUUUUGCA